CUACCACUUUGCUUCUCCCGGCGCGCAUUGCAAGCUAAAUCAAGCGCCCCGUCGUAAACGGACAGUAAACUCCGCCCUCUUCUCUUGCAGAGUGUGACAGUUGAAAGGAAAAGGUCGAUGCGAUCAAGUAUAACGGUAAGUAAACCUUUUUUUUUUCAACCGUUAUUUCCAUGUUUUACCACAUAAUGUGGGCGAGGUUUAAUGACACUUUGUGUCAACCAUAACCACAGUUCGCAAACUUCUUCUCUGUUUUCUGCAUUGCUGUGACCCCACUCCAAAGUUUUAUAUCGUCUUAUUGCCUGCAUUUAAAAAAAUAACAACACACACACAUUAUAUGUGUUUUUACUGACACGUACAAAAAAACGUUAUUGCAGAAAGUAUAGUUGAGGUUGCAAACGUUUCUCUCUUGAGAGAUUAAAGUUGUUUGCUAUGUUGAAACUGAAACUCGAGAAGGAAGGCGUUAAUUCCCGCUAUAGCCCCCUCCCAGUACAGUGCUAUUAUUCAACUAGACUAGCAAUAUGAUACAAGUAGGCUACUGUAUCAUGUUUUCAUUGUGUCAUCUUGUUCCUAGAAUCUCAAACGUGUGCGCAUCAUGUGACAGGCAGUGCAUGGACUUUGAGUUGUGCUGUUGUUUACAAUAUCUUUUCCACUAUUCUUCCGUUUUCCAAGCGUUUAAAUAAUAUAAUUGACCUCGGAAGUGAUUUGCUUGAAAUCAUCUCUUAUUUUUUCUACACACAAAAAAACAUUUCAUAUUUUAUAUUCAUUCAUGAUGUAGUCCCCUGUAGCUCAGUUGGUAGAGCAUGGCGCUAGCAACGCCAGGGUUGUGGGUUCGUUUCCCACGGCGGGCCAGUAUGAAAAUGUAUGCACUCACUAACUGUAAGUUGCUCUGGAUAAGAGCGUCUACUAAAAUGUAAAUUUUUUAAAAUGUAUUUUAUUGUGCAGGUGUGCACUGGCAUUUGUGGUGUUGUCUGCGCAUUGGAGGAAGACAAAAAGUGAGUGAGGACAGGAAUUCCACAACCAUCAGGAUGCUUUCUGCAGCUGUGUCAGGCAAAAUUGGGCUCCGUGUGGGGAUGGGGAUGGGAGUGGGCAGGUGUGUGUCAGCCUGGUUAAGAGGGUCCCCAAUGGCCCUGACCAGAAGGAGGGACUGGGACCCCUCUCCCAGGUACAGCACCACAGCAGCCAAACGCAGCACCCCAUCCUUCAGCUACGUCAUCGUGGGCGCUGGCUCGGCGGGCUGUGUCCUGGCCAACCGUCUCACGGAGGAUCCCCAGGAGUCAGUGCUCCUGCUGGAGGCCGGCCCCAAGGACAUGACCCUGGGCAACGUCCGUCUCUCCUGGAAGAUCCACAUGCCGGCCGCCCUCAUCUACAACCUGUGUGAUGACAAGGUCAACUGGUUCUACCACACCCUGCCCCAGGAGCAUGUGAACAACCGGGUGAUGUACUGGCCCCGCGGCAGGGUGUGGGGUGGCUCCUCCUCUCUCAACGCCAUGGUGUACAUCCGGGGCCACGCUGAGGACUACAACCGCUGGCAGAGGGAGGGGGCGGAAGGCUGGGACUACGACCACUGCCUGCCCUACUUCCGCAAGGCCCAGUGCCACGAGCUGGGGGGAGACCGGUACCGGGGAGGCAGCGGGCCCCUGCAUGUGUCCCGGGGGAAGACGGACCACCCACUACACCGGGCCUUCAUAGAGGCUGGCCAGCAGGCUGGGUACCCCUUCACUGACGACAUGAACGGCUUUCAGCAGGAGGGCCUGGGCUGGAUGGACAUGACCAUCUAUAAAGGUAGGGGAUUAAUUAAAGAUACACCUGUAGGAUAGUAGAUAUGCACACAUACACCGAGUGUACAAAACAUUAGGAACUCUUUCCAUGACAUGGGCCAGCAUCCCUGUGGAACGCUUUCGACACCUUGUAGAGUCCAUGCCCCAACUAAUAGAGGCUGUUCUGAGGGCAAACAGGGGGGUGCAACUCAAUAUUAGGAAGGUGUUCCUAAUGUUUUGUACAUUCAGUGUAUGCACAUAAUUUAUGUCUGUAUCUGUAAAGAUAAAAGAAGUAGGGAAUUGCAUUAUAAAAGGACUGAUCUCUUUUCUUCUCAUCCCCCUCUUUCUCCUUCUCCUACCCUCCCUGUCCCCAAGGUAAGAGGUGGAGCACAGCCAGUGCGUACCUGCGGCCGGUCCUUAACCGAGACAACCUGAGGACAGAGGUGCAAUGUCUGACCACCAGGAUCCUGUUUGAUGGGAGGAGAGCUGUAGGCGUGGAGUACACUCAGAACGGGGAGAAGAAGCAGGUAGGUCUUUGGGAAAUUCAACAGCCUACAGUGAGGGAAAAAAGUAUUUGAUCCCCUGCUGAUUUUGUACAUUUUCCCACUGACAAAGACAUGAUCAGUCUAUAAUUUUAAUGGUAGAUUUAUUUGAACAGUGAGAGAGAGAAUAACAACAAAAAAAUCCAGAAGAAUGCAUUCAAAAAUGUUAUAAAUUGAUUUGCAUUUUAAUGAGGGAAAUAAGUAUUUGACCCCUCUGCAAAACAUGACUUAGUACUUGGUGGCAAAACACUUGUUGGCAAUCACAGAGGUCAGACGUUUCUUGUAGUUGGCCACCAGGUUUGCACACAUCUCAGGAGGGAUUUUGUUCCACUCCUCUUUGCAGAUCUUCUCCAAGUCAUUAAGGUUUCGAGCCUGAUGUUUGGCAACUCGAACCUUCAGCUCCCUCCACAGAUUUUCUAUGGGAUUAAGGUCUGGAGACUGGCUAAGCCACUCCAGGACCUUAAUGUGCUUCUUCUUGAGCCACUCCUUUGUUGCCUUGGCCAUGUGUUUUGGGUCACUGUCAUGCUGGAAUACCCAUCCACGACCCAUUUUCAAUGCCCUGGCUGAGGGAAGGACACAGCACCGUCCAUCGUCCCUUUGAUGAGGUGAAGUUGUCCUGUCCCCUUAGCAGAAAAACACCCCCAAAGCAUAAUGUUUCCACCUCCAUGUUUGACGGUGGGGAUGGUUUUCUUGGGGUCAUAGGCAGCAUUCCUCCUCCUCCAAACACGGCGAGUUGAGUUGAUGCCAAACAGUUCGAUUUUGGUCUCAUCUGACCACAACACUUUCACCCAGUUCUCCUCUGAAUCAUUCAGAUGUUCAUUGGCAAACUUCAGACGGGCCUGUAUAUGUGCUUUCUUGAGCAGGGGGGGACCUUGCGGGCGCUGCAGGAUUACAUUUACAUUUACAUUUUAGUCAUUUAGCAGACGCUCUUAACCAGAGCGACUUACAGGAGCAAUUAGGGUUAAGUGCCUUGCUCAAGGGCACAUUAACGUCAUUUAGCAGACGCUCUUAGCCAGAGCGACUCACAAAUUGGUGCGUUCACCCUAUAGCCAGUGGGAUAACCACUUUACAAUUUGGGGGGGGGGGGGGGGGGUUAGAAGGAAUACUUUAUCCUAUCCCAGGUAUUCCUUAAAGAGGUGGGGUUUCAAAUGUCUCCGGAAGGUGGUGAGUGACUCCGCUGUCCUGGCGUCGUGAGGGAGCUUGUUCCACCAUUGGGGUGCCAGAGCAGCGAACAGUUUUGACUGGGCUGAGCGGGAGCUGUGCUUCCGCAGAGGAAGGGGAGCCAGCAGGCCAGAGGUGGAUGAACGCAAUGUCCUCGUUUGGGUGUAGGGACUGAUCAGACCCUGAAGGUACAGAGGUGCCGUUCCCCUCACUGCUCCAUAGGCAAGCACCAUGGUCUUGUAGCGGAUGCGAGCUUCAACUGGAAGCCAGUGGAGUGUGCGGAGGAGGGGGGUGACGUGAGAGAACUUGGGAAGGUUGAACACCAGACGGGCUGCGGCAUUCUGGAUGAGUUGUAGGGGUUUAAUGGCACAGGCAGGGAGCCCAGCCAACAGCGAGUUGCAGUAGUCCAGACGGGAGAUGACAAGUGCCUGGACCAGGACCUGCGCCGCUUCCUGUGUAAGGCAGGGUCGCACUCUCCGAAUGUUGUAGAGCAUGAACCUGCAGGAGCGGGUCACCGCCUUGAUGUUGGCGGAGAACGACAGGGUGUUGUCCAGGGUCACGCCUAGGCUCUUCGCACUCUGGGAGGAGGACACAGCGGAGUUGUCAACCGUGAUGGCGAGAUCAUGGAACGGGCAGUCCUUCCCCGGGAGGAAGAGCAGCUCCGUCUUGCCAGGGUUCAGCUUGAGGUGGUGAUCCGUCAUCCAUACUGAUAUGUCUGCCAGACAUGCAGAGAUGCGAUUCGCCACCUGGUUAUCAGAAGGGGGAAAGGAGAAGAUUAGUUGUGUAUCGUCAGCGUAGCAAUGAUAGGAGAGACCAUGUGAGGAUAUGACAGAGCCAAGUGACUUGGUGUAUAGGGAGAAAAGGAGAGGGCCCAGAACCGAUCCCUGGGGGACACCAGUGGUGAGAGCACGUGGUGCGGAGACAGCUUCCCGCCACGCCACUUGGUAGGAGCGACCGGUCAGGUAGGACGCAAUCCAGGAGUGAGCCGCGCCGGAGAUGCCCAUCUCGGAGAGGGUGGAGAGGAGGAUCUGAUGGUUCACAGUAUCAAAGGCAGCAGACAGGUCUAGAAGGACAAGAGCAGAGGAGAGAGAGUUAGCUUUAGCAGUGCGGAGAGUCUCCGUGACACAGAGAAGAGCAGUCUCAGUUGAAUGACCAGUCCUGAAACCUGAUUGGUUUGGAUCAAGAAGGUCAUUCUGAGAGAGAUAGCAAGAGAGUUGGCUAAAGACGGCACGCUCAAUAGUUUUGGAAAGAAAAGAAAGAAGGGAUACUGGUCUGUAGUUGUUGACAUCAGUGGGGUCGAGUGUUGGUUUUUUGAGGAGGGGAGCAACUCUCGCUCUCUUGAAGACGGAAGGGACAUGGCCAGCGGUCAAGGAUGAGUUGAUCAGCGAGGUGAGGUAGGGGAGAAGGUCACCGGAGAUGGUCUGGAGAAGGGAGGAGGGGAUGGGGUCAAGCGGGCAGGUUGUUGGGCGGCCUGCAGUCACAAGUCGCAGGAUUUUAUCUGGAGAGAGAGGGGAGAAAGAAGUCAAAGCAUAGGGUAGGGCAGUGUGAGCAGGACCAGCAGUGUUAUUAGACUUAACAAACGAGGAUCGGAUGUCGUCAACCUUCUUUUCAAAGUGGUUGACGAAGUCAUCCACAGAGAGAGAGGAGGUGGGGGGGGGGGGGAGGAGGAUUCAGGAGGGAGGAAAAUGUGGCAAAGAGCUUCCUAGGGUUAGAGGCAGAUGCUUGGAAUUUAGAGUGGUAGAAGGUGGCCUUAGCAGCAGAAACAGAUGAAGAAAAUGUAGAGAGGAGGGAGUGAAAAGAUGCCAGGUCGGUAGGGAGUUUAGUUUUCUUCCAUUUCCUCUCCGCUGCCCGGAGCUCUGUUCUGUGAGCUCGCAGUGAGUCAUCAAGCCACGGAGCUGGGGGGGAGGACCGAGCCGGGAGGACCCCCCCCUGCUUCUUGAGCAGGGGGGGACCUUGCGGGCGCUGCAGGAUUUCAGUCCUUCACGGCAUAGUGUGUUACCAAUUGUUUUCUUGGUGACUGUGGUCCCAGCUGCCUUGAGAUCAUUGACAAGAUCCUCCCGUGUAGUUCUGGGCUGAUUCCUCACCGUUCUCAUGAUCAUUGCAACUCCACGAGGUGAGAUCUUGCAUGGAGCCCCAGGCCGAGGGAGAUCGACAGUUCUUUUUUGUUUCUUCCAUUUGCAAAUAAUCGCACCAACUGUUGUCACCUUCUCACCAAGCUGCUUGGCGAUGGUCUUGUAGCCCAUUCCAGCCUUGUGUAGGUCUACAAUCUUGUCCCUGACAUCCUUGGAGAGCUCUUUGGUCUUGGCCAUGGUGGAGAGUUUGGAAUCUGAUUGAUUGAUUGCUUCUGUGGACAGGUGUCUUUUAUACAGAUAACAAGCUGAGAUUAGGAGCACUCCCUUUAAGAGUGUGCUCCUAAUCUCAGCUCGUUGCCUGUAUAAAAGACACCUGGGAGCCAGAAAUCUUUCUGAUUGAGAGGGGGUCAAAUACUUAUUUCCCUCAUUAAAAUGCAAAUCAAUUUAUAACAUUUUUGACAUGCGUUUUUCUGGAUUUUUUUGUUGGUAUUCUGUCUCUCACUGUUCAAAUAAACCUACCAUUAAAAUUAUAGACUGAUCAUUUCUUUGUGGGUGGGCAAACAUACAAAAUCAGCAGGGGAUCAAAUACUUUUUUCCCUCACUGUAUAUCCCCUCUCAGAUCUCUCUCUUCAUCUCUCUCUUCUCUCUCUCAGGUGUUUGCUGAAAAGGAGGUGAUUCUCAGUGGUGGGGCCAUCAACUCCCCACAGCUUCUCAUGCUGUCCGGGGUGGGCAACGCUGAUGACCUGAAACAGCUAGACAUCCCUGUGGUCCAGCAUCUACCAGGUGACCUAAUGACCCCCACCCUGAAAAUACAGAACACUAAUGGACAAGAACAGCAACACAUUUCAACUAAGAACACUACGACUAAAGAACAAUACAACUAAAGUCUGUUAGGUUUCAUAGUAAGACAUUCCCAAUGAGGCAAGUUUCCAAAGAAGUCAGUGAGUUAUUAAAACAGAACAAAAAAGAAUAAAUUAAAGCAGCUGUGGCAAAGCUCAAGGACAUUAACUCAUGAUAAAAUAUACAGGGUGUGUGUGUGCAUGGUUGUGUAUGUGUGUUCAAGUUGGGGAGAGUAGUACUAUGUUUGUGUUUUUUUUUAAAUGUCAUUACAUAAUGUUGACUUGUGUACCUGUGUGUGUGUCUGCAUAUGUUCCUAACUGUAGGAGUGGGCAGUAAUCUUCAGGACCACCUGGAGCUGUAUGUUCAGCAGCAGUGCACUCAACCCAUCACCCUGUACAAGGCCCAGAAGCCUUUCCACAUGGUCAAGAUUGGCCUGGAGUGGCUCCUCCAAUACACAGGUAUAACAAACAAGUACAGCAAAGCUACACGAGUUAAGCAAAUACACAGGUCAAACAAGUACACAGGUCAAACAAGUACACAGGGUUUUUCACACCAGUGAAAAAAAGAGAACGUUCUGAUGGCUGUUUUUAUUUUGUCAGAAUAUGUAAUUUCAUUAGAAUUGCGUGUAGCAUCCAAAUCGUUUAACCCGGUAACCAUGGCACCUGCCUCCCAGGAUACGGGGCCACGGCCCACCUGGAGAGCGGGGGCUUCAUCCGGAGCAGAGGGGGCGUGGCCCACCCCGACAUCCAGUUCCACUUCUUGCCUUCACAGGUCAUCGACCACGGCCGCGUCGCCUCCAAGAUAGAAGCCUACCAGGUAAGCUGUGUGUGUGGACUUGUGUGUGUCCUUACACCCGAUAAAUCUCUCCAUGCUAAACACUCUUAUGUCCAUGCUUUGAUUCAUCCAAGGCUCUGCAUGUUGCGAAAGGCGUUUCCCACUCACACCUGCACAUGUAGUGCAUUCCCAAAGUUAUGCAUUCACGCUUGUGGUAGCAGUUGAAGUGUGUGUGCGAAUUUUGCAAGAACUGUAUCACCAGCACUUGGAUUUUAUUGAACCUUUUCUAUGUGCCUUUUUACCUAAACCAAUCCUCUGUUUUGAAUGGGGGCAACAACGGCACACAUGUAGUUUGAAUAUCCCAAUUCCUCAGAAUCUGUAGCCAUUGUUCCUAUUGCAAUUUAUAUGGAAAUGUUGUAAAUACUUUAUCAACUGCUGCCUUCGGUCAUAAUGGGCAAUGUUAUUGUCACAUUUAUAACAUUUCUAGAAACAUUUGCUGAAACUGUACCACUGAGCCUAGAUGAGACAUAAUGAUACUACAAUAAUUUACCAUAUACUAUAGUUUCUACACGUUCCCACUCGCAUGUACUUAGGAUUUCCCCAUGAAGUAGCAAUGAACCUUAACCUGUUAGCAGAUCAGCUUGUGCUUUAAGCAAACUCAUUAUGUUUGUUGUCAUGCUAAAUCUGUCACGUCUCUAAAAUAUGAACUAAUGUUGAUACUGAAACCGAUUGGCCCGUUUUGAUGUGACAGGUUCACGUGGGACCAAUGAGAAGUACUAGUAUUGGAUGGUUAAAGUUGAAGAGUGCCAGCCCUCUAGAUCACCCAAUCCUCCAGCCCAACUACCUCUCAACAGGUAAGCUCUGCCUAGAACACUGUCACCAGACCAUACCUAACACAAUUCUCUGAAUGGAUUAUUUCCCUGACCCAGAUUAAGCCUAUUCCCAAACAGAAAAUCAUGCUUAAGGAAGAAUCUCCAUUGAAAAUGCCUCUUCAUUUGUAGUCCAGAUGUAGGCUUAAUCUGGUUCUGGGAAACAGGCCUAGUGUGGUUAAUGACUUGUGUGUCUCCCCUCUCUGCCUCAGACAUAGAUGUAUGGGAGUUCAGGGAGUGUGUCAAGCUCUCUCGGGAGAUCUUCGCCCAGAAGGCCUUCGACCCAUUCCGGGGGCCCGAGGUACAGCCGGGGCCUGAGUGUCAGUCAGACGCCGAGAUUGACGCAUUUGUGCGUCGCAAGGCUGACAGCGCCUACCAUCCGUCCUGCACGUGUAAGAUGGGUUCUCCAUCUGACCCAAUGGCGGUGGUGGACCCAGAGACACGGGUGCUGGGACUCGAAGGCCUCCGUGUGGUCGACGCCUCCAUCAUGCCCAGCGUCGUCAGCGGCAACCUCAAUGCCCCCACCAUUAUGAUCGCGGAGAAGGCUGCUGACAUCAUCAGAGGGCGACCAGCGCUCAGCAACCCCGGGGUGCCUGUGUACCAGCCUGCAUCUCUAGAGACCCAGCGA